AUGGACAACGACCUUGUCAAGCAGCUGCAGGAACAGCUGGCCCAGGAGAGAGCGCGCGUUCAAGAACUGGAACAAAUUGCCAAGGCUGAACGCGACGCCCGCCUAGCCGAGCAGGCAAGAAAUCGCAACACGGUGUACUUCAACUACCUGCACAACAUCCACCUAGAAAUCCGCCCAACGCUCCGCGUCGAGACGGACCGCAAUCAAGCAGCAGUCGGGAAGGCGGCUAAUGUCGCGGGCAAGGUGUACCCGCGGGCGCUGCGCCCAUGGACCGAUUUUGCCCGGCUGCACCAGCAGCACUUUGACGUGCUCACGAGCCUUUUUGGCGACGACCUGCUCUUUCCGUCCUACAAUGACUCCCAGUCGGUGGCACGCAAUCUCUCGCCCGGCAAGCGCCGCGACGAGCAGGACAUCCGGCCCUUUAUUCGGGCGUACCUCGAGGUACCGUCGAUGCAGAUUGUACACGAAUUUCUCCGGCGGACGCCCGACGCCCGGUACACGGGGCUCGGAUUCCACUUUGGAAACAACGCCCACGGCACAUUCGGGCGGAAAAAACGCGGUCCUGCCAGCACCAAUGCACAAGACGAAGAAACGAGCAGCCCCAGCAACAGCCAGAGCAGCUCGUCUCGCCUCAAGCGGAAAUUCGACAGCUCUUCGGCUCUGGUGCCGGACCGGUGGGGUCUGCGCGUGCGACGACCCGCAGCGGAUGCCGGCGCCGACCCAAAUGCCGACGUCGAUGCUGGUGGGCUAGAACUGCCAGCAUUGUCCGAGAGCAUUCUCCCCGGCGAGUACAAAGCUGCGCACAAAGUGCGCGGCAGCGACUUGCGCAACGUCCUCGGUGGCGUGCCGCCGGCCGCGUCGUUCAUGGACGAUUGUGCGCAGCGUCGUUCAAGUAGCAGCGGCAUCACCACCACCACCGACGCUACUGAUGCCGCCAGCAGUAGCAGCAACGAAACAAGAAUUGCCGAGAUUCUAUGCCAGGCAUACCACUACAUGGUCGCCUGCGGGACCGUCUACGGCUACGUGUCCUCUGGCGAGGCGACGGUGUUUCUCAUGAUGUCGCCCGACAACGCUGACACGCUGCUCUACCACUUUGUCGAUCACACCGUACCGGCGACGCCCAUUACACGGCCGGACGCGGAGCUCAUGCAUGUGCCCGCGGCCCAAAUGGUCACGCUGGUCCUCGAGGCGCUCAUUGCAGAGAUGCGAGCUCCAGCGGCCACAACAGCCUUGCUCGACGGCCUCCCGCGAUGGCCUGCCGCGCCCGCAAAAGAGCCCAGCAGUGGCGGGGACGCAAUCGAUCGCAGCAACGUCCGUUCGCCAAGGGGUGGUGGCGGCGACGGCGGCAGCGGCGGCGGCGCGGCCAUGCCGCCAGAACAGCCUCCAUCGCCUUCACCGUCGUCGCGUGGUGGUGGUGGUGCUCCUGCGAGCGGCAAUUCUGCACAACCUGGCAGUGGAUCAUCGCGGCCUUUACGUGUUGGUCGCAUAGAGCCACCCCGGCGAAACUACUGCACGCAGGCGUGUCUGCUUGGUCUCUGUCGCGGCGGUCCGCUCGACCCGCGCUGCCCGAACACGCCGGAGCAUGUGCGGGGACCGCAGGGCGAAAAAGGACGGUCGGUGUCGGUCGGGGCCGAUGGCCAGCAGCCGGACAGCCAGCUUUGCCACCCCAUCACGUCUGCGGAGCUCUGCAGUCUGCUCCUCGAGCAGCUGACGGACAGCCUCAGCGCCGGUGUCGAGUGCCUCAUGAAGUACGGGCUGUUUGGUGCCAUCGGCACGCUGUUCAAGGUCACGCUGUGCGCCUACGGGUACACCUUUGUGGCCAAGGGCGUCCAGGACGCCGACGAGGAGUAUCUCAAGGACGAGGCCGCCAUCUACACGCACCCCGUUGCGCAGCCGCUGCAGGGCGUGCUGAUGCCCGUGUACCUCGGCUGGGUCGAGCUCGAAGAGUGGCCGUACAUUCUGCCGUCGGGCGCCUGCGUGUGGCACCUCGCACUCCUGUCGUGGGUCGGCGUGUCGCUGGACCUGUACGUGCCGCCAGAGAUGGCGCUGGACGUCUAUGACAACGACGCCGUGCGUCAGUUGCUGGAUGACAUGGAGAACGCGCUGUUCGAGCGCGGCAUUGCCCACGAUGACAUCCGGUCGCCCAACUUGGCCUGGAACAAAGAGCUGCAGCGCGUCAUGGUCCUGGAUUUUGAUCGCGCCUGGAUUCCGAGCGACGAGGACAAAAAAGACGGCAAAGUUGGAAACGAUGGAAAGAACGGUACUGAUGGCAAAGAGGGCAAAGAGGGCAAAGAGGGCAAAGAGGGCAAUGAUGGCAAGGAUCGUAAAAGUGAGAAAGACCAUGGCACAUCCGAGGUCCCAGGCUGGAAUCCUGAUUCGCCGACGACAAAGAGAAAGGCAGCUGUUGAAAGCUACGAGGGUGCCGAAAAUACCGACAAGCGGCAACGACUAUGA